CGGAAGCCUAGUGGCGGAAGACUAUCGUUCCCGGCAAUCUGCGGGGUGCGCCGACCAUCUUUGUCGCUACAGUUACUGUGCUGCGUCCCGUCACCCAAAUACCGUCCGACGCCCCUCCCGCGACCGUCCUCGGUCCACACAGACUUACUUCAUUGUGACAAGAAAUUAUGUACAGAACACUUCCAGCCACAAGAAUGAAUUUUUUCCUCUCAAUGAUCAUCCUUUCUACAGUGAUCAGUUCUACAAUACUGGAGAUGCUAAACUUAGACAUUGAGUAGUUCAUAAGGUUCCCAAGCUGGCAGAGGAAACUUGGAGAGAUGAGGGCAGGGAAAACGAAGCCUUGAUACCAGCAUGGAAGAAUGAUAGAGAGCCCCCAGUAAAACAUACUGCAGGACUGAAUUCUGGCUAACAUGCUGCUGGAGAGGUACAUGCUCUCAUGGGAUUGAAGGGGUGGCAGUGUUGCUAAACUGAAAAAUGAGAAAAUGGUGCUUGCUCGUAACCUGAAGGAGUGGAAGAGACGUGAGAGGAAAUGAAAAAGGAACUUCAUGUUGGUGUUGUUUAUGCCAGAACAUAGUAGGCAUGGCAAAUUAACUCCAGCCUUGUGUAAACUUUUAAUUAGCCGAAAAGAUGCAACCGAGUACGAAUCCCAGGUGGCUUUGGAAAUGAAAGAGAAAUUUUGAGCUCUCUGGCUGGAAGCUGAACGUGAUGACGGCCUGGUCUAUGGUGGGGAAGUUGAAAAUGGAGAAGAGGCACACCAGAGAAGAGAGAAAUGUAGAACAAGAUGCUGGGGAAUGCAGUGCUGAAUCUGAGGAAUGGACGAGCUCAGAAAGUGAACCUGAACAACUAUACUUCAGAAGCAGCAGUGGCAAUAUGCAGUGGAGAGAGAAGGAAGUUUGCACUAAACCACAUCGGCCACUCUGCCGCUCCCCUUGUUUGGAUCGCCCAAGUUUUUCACAGAGCAGUAUCACACAAGACUUCAAGCUGGAAGAAUGCAAAACAAAUUUGGACAAAGAAUACCAAGCUAAAAUGGAUUUUGCUUUAAAGCUUGGAUAUGCAGGAGAUCAGAUCCAGGCUGUACUGAAUAAGUUGGGAGCAGAUGCCCUCAUCAAUGAUGUUCUGGCAGAGCUUGUGAGACUUGGCAACAAAAGUGAAUCAGAGGGACAAAGCAGUGCCAGCUCUGCCACUAGUACUCUGGUGCCGAGAGGCCUGUGCCCAAAGGAGAUAGCAAGCCCUGAACUGUCGCUUGAGGAUGAAGUUGUGGAUAACAGUGAUAACCUAAGGCCAAUUGUCAUUGAUGGAAGCAAUGUGGCCAUGAGUCAUGGGAAUAAAGAAGGAUUUUCUUGCCGGGGAAUUCAAUUAGCUGUUGAUUGGUUUCUGGAAAAAGGACAUAAAGAUAUAACUGUGUUUGUCCCUGCAUGGAGAAAAGAGCAGUCUCGACCUGAUGCACCAAUUACAGAUCAAGAAAUCUUACGUAAAUUGGAGAAAGAAAAAAUUCUUGUUUUUACCCCAUCUCGAAGAGUUCAGGGAAGAAGAGUUGUUUGCUAUGAUGAUCGAUUCAUAGUAAAACUUGCUUUUGACUCAGAUGGCAUCAUUGUAUCGAAUGACAACUAUCGGGAUCUUCAAAAUGAAAAACCAGAAUGGAAGAAGUUCAUAGAGGAACGGCUGCUCAUGUAUUCUUUUGUGAAUGACAAAUUUAUGCCUCCUGAUGAUCCUCUAGGUCGCCAUGGUCCGAGCCUUGAAAAUUUCUUAAGGAAAAGGCCAGUUAUUCCUGAACAUAAAAAACAACCAUGUCCUUAUGGUAAAAAGUGCACCUAUGGGCACAAAUGUAAAUACUACCACCCAGAACGGGCAAACCAACCUCAAAGGUCAGUAGCGGAUGAGCUUCGAAUAAGUGCCAAAUUAUCUGCUGUGAAAACUAUGAGUGAGGGAGCCUUGGCCAAAUGUGGCACAGGGCCAUCCAGCUCCAAAGGAGAGAUCAAUUCUGAAGUGAAACGCGUUACCCCAAAACGUCAGUCAGAUCCAAGCAUUAGAUCGGUAGCUGUGGAGCCUGAUGAAAAGUUAACAGUAGCCCGGAAGUCGGAGGCCAGCUCUGUCCCAUCUCUGGUUUCUGCAUUAAGCGUACCAACACUCCCUCCACCAAAAAGCCAUGCAGCUGGUGCAUUAAAUACUCGUUCUGCAAGCAGCCCAGUGCCAGGUUCCUCACAGUUCACACAUCAGAAAUCCUCACUGGAACACAUGUCCAGUGUGCAAUAUCCUCCUAUACUAGUCACCAAUAGCCAUGGUACCUCAAUUAGCUAUACUGACCAGUACCCCAAAUAUGAAUCGUUAGGGGACCAUGGCUAUUAUUCCUUACUCAGUGAUUUUUCCAAUUUGAGCAUAAGUAGUAUGCGUAACACAGAUUAUUACGGGGCUGAUACAGACCAGGGGAUGUAUUCUAGAAACUCAAGUCCCUGUCCUGAAAAUCGCUUAAGCCAUACAAGUAAUGAUUCUUAUUCCUCUUACAAUGACUUGUAUCUGGGUGUAGCAGAUGCCAGUCCAGAAGACAAUGUGAAGAUCCACAGACUUUCAUCACAAAAUCGUCUUCAGCCUUUUUCCCAUGGUUACCAUGAAGCCUUAAACAGAGUUCAGAGUUAUGGAGCUGAAGAGCCUAAGCAAUCCCUCCGCAAACAGUCAGUUUCCCACUUAGGCCUACAUGCCCAGCAUCCAGUUGUUGGAGCGCGGUCCAGUUGUCCAGGAGACUACCCUGUGCCUCAAAAUGUUCAUCCAACUGCACAACCAAGCCGUGCCUUGGUCAUGACAAGAAUGGACAGUAUUUCUGACUCACGGCUCUAUGAAAGUAAUCCAACAAGGCAGAGAAGACCACCUCUCUGUCGAGAACAACAUGCUAGUUGGGAUCCGUUACCAUGUGCAUCAGACUCUUAUGCUUAUCACUCAUAUCCAUUAAGUAACAACCUCAUGCAGCCAUGUUAUGAGCCUGUAAUGGUGAGAAGCAUGCCUGAGAAGAUGGAGCAACUCUGGCGGAAUCCCUGGAUUGGGGUAUGUGGUGAGCCACGGGAACCACAUAUCAUCCCAGAACAUCAGUAUCAAACAUAUAAAAAUCUCUGCAAUAUUUUCCCUCCGAGCAUUGUCCUUUCUGUGAUGGAAAAGAAUCCCCACAUGACAGAUGCACAACAGCUGGCAGCUAUGAUUGUUGCCAAAUUAAGAACAGGGCGUUAAAUCAUUGCAGCCUCUUUUAAACUGAUGAGACUAUACAGCAAACAGCAACUGGAGGAAAGCUUACAUGAUGGAAGUGGGCAAGUUUAUUGUAAAUAUAUAUUUUUUAACAGUCUAGUAUACAAUUCUGUACACAGUAGCAGUCAUAAAUAAAUAAAUGUGCCUAGGCACUGUAUAAGAGCUGAUUGCAUUGUAAAUUUUAAGAUUUUAAAUAUAGGGAUUUUUAAUAGUAUUUUACAGGAAAUGCAUACCUUCCUGCAUGGAUAUAUCGUUAAAGAACUAGAAUGUCACGUUCAGUGUCUCAAAGCUGUUAAUACAAAAUUAUGUUACCAAUUAUAUUGCAUGUACUAGUGUAUACUUUCAAUUUGAUUAUAAAUACCUAAUUGGCCUUUCAAAGUAUGCUCUAUGCACUCCCAGAUCACCUUUAGGAUAUCAGCUUUGUCACUUGACAGUGCCUAUUGGCAUGUCAGAUAUUUAAGAAAGAAUACUCUUGGCAAAAAUUAAAAUAUACAAUUUGUAAAAGCAAAACUGAUUUAUUCUUUUUCAGCUUUUACAUGUCAGUAUUGUUGGUAUUUCUUAAAUUUUAAAAUUGUUCACCAAGAGUCUGAGUAUCUCCUGGGACAUCCAAUACUUUGGCUCAAUACAGCAGAAGCCAAAUUUGUUACCAAAUCAGGACCAAAAUAUUAGGGUGAGUGGAGGAGCGAGGUCCAUUCAAUAAAAUAAAAGGAAUUUAUCUGUAGUGUCUCUCUUCAGAAUUGGCUGUCACCUGUACUGUAAACAACUACCAUUCUGGAGGAAUAGAAAUGCUACAGGUUAAAAACUGCUAAUUUUCAUGUAAAUUGGAUUACUCAGCCUCAAGCAGAGGGAAACAGAUGUUAACAUGGAUGUUCAGCAGUAACUGCAGACCUUCUUCUGGGAGCAGCAAUGGCAUUUGAGUGAAACUAAUAUUAAAGAUUG